AUGCCAGACUCUGGGUCGGACUGGCGCGGUUCGGCGCCCACGCUGGGCACGGCGCUGAAGCAGCAGUGGCGGCGCGCCAGGUCAGCGUUCAUCUCGGAAUACGACGCUGAGCUGUUCUCCUUGGCCAUCCCGGCCCUGGCCUCGAUGCUGCUUGACCCGAUUAUGAACGUCAUCUCGGCAUCCAUGAUUGGGCACCUUGGCACUCAGCAGAUGGCGGCUGUGAGCCUGGGCAGCCUGGCUGUCAGCUUUGCGACCUUCACAUUUGGAUUUUUGGUGUUUCUCACCACACCCAAGGUCGCGGCCGCGCACGUCCUGGGCGACAAGGCCCGCGUGUCGCGCCACGCGGCGGUCGGGCUCUGGCUGGCCCUGGCGUGCGGGCUGGCGGUGACGGGGGGCCUGGUGGCCUUCAGCGACAGCGUGAUUUCAGUGCUGAAGCCCCCGGAGCCUCAGGUUGCGAUUUACGCAUCGCAGUUCAUCCGCAUCAGGGCGUGGGGCAUCCUGUCUGCCCUGGUCAGCUUCGUGGCGGCGGGCACGUACAGGGGCGUCAAGGACACCGUCACACCGCUGCAGGCGGCUGUUGUGGCCACUGGCUCCAAUUUCAUCCUGAGCGUCACCCUCAUAUACGGCCUGAAACUGGGUGUCGCCGGCGCGGCGCUGGCCGCUACCUCAGCGAGCUGGGUUUCGGCGGGCAUGCUGGUGUGGCUGCUCUUCAAGAAGAAGCUGCUGCGGCCUGCCGACGCGGCGCGGCGGCCGGCGUGGGAGGAGGUGCAGCCGUACGUGUCGCAGGGCUUCUUCCUCGCAUUCAGGAUGGUGGCGACGUUUGGCAUCAUCAUGUAUGCGUCAGCCAUGUGCGUCCGCCUGGGCGCUGCCUCCCAGGCCGCGUUUGAGGUCAUCCGGCAGCUGUGGAUCCUGUCAAUUCAGCUGUUCGAGUGCCUCAAUGUCGCGACACAGUCGAUGGCAGCCGGCCUCCUCGGCUCCGGCGACCGCGCCGCCGCGCGCGCGCUGCUGCGCCGCGCGACGGGCUUGUCGGUUGCCGUCGGCGCCGGCGUCGGGGCGGCGCUGCUCGUGGCGCGGGUGCCGCUUGUCUCCAUUUUCACGUCGGAUGCGGUCGUGGCGCAGAUGAGCCUCGCGAUCAUCCCCAUGAUCGCGCUCGGCAUGCCCAUCGAUGCUGGCGCGAGCAUCGCCGACGGCGGCUUCAUCGCCGCCGGCCGAACCAACACGCUGUCGGCGAUCCAGGUCUGCGGCAGCGCGGCGCAGUUUGCGGUGCUGUCGUGGGCGGCGGCGGCGGGGAUGGCGAGCACGAUGACGACCUGGGGGGUCCUCAAGCUGAUGUCAGUGUUUAGGUUUGCGGGCGGCGCGUAUAUGCACUUCUACUCGAGUGACAGCGCUUACCUGCCCCACAACGCCGGCAGCGACGCCACCAGCAGCAGCAGCAGCAGCAGUGACAGCAGCGACAGCACGGCCGGCAGCGCGGACGGUCUGGAGGGGCCCGUGUCUGCUACGGUGGACGAGGAGGAACGGGAGCUGUGGAGGCAGCAGCUGUGGGCGGAGGCGUCUCAGGACGUGAAUGGGUUUGGGCCGCCUGACCUGGGCCCGCAGCACAUGUCAGCGGCGGAGAUGCAGCAGUAUCACGAACAGCAGCAGGAGCUGCAGCAGCAGCAGCCGCUGAUGCACGAGCACGAGCAGUACGUGACCGGCGGCGGCGGCGGUGGCGACGAGGCAGCGGCGCAGCUGCGACGAAGGGCGCGGGUGCUGGACCCAUCUGCCAAGGUGGAGCAGCCUGUUCUGGCCAGCUGGGAAGUGCCCCCGGUGGGCCCUAGCCAUUCAGCAUGA